GCCCUCCGCGCCUCCCACCACCCCUCGCACAACGGAGGCCUUAAAUCAGCGGGUGCGGGCUGGGGAGAGGCGUGGGCUCGGAGCGUGGGCGCGGCCGGCUCCCCGUGCGGUCCGUUAGGUGGAGGAGCGGCAGCCGCUCAGCAGUCCGUUGCCGGCGAUGGAUGCUAAAAAGAAAAUCACAGUACCCCUUGUCUAUGCAGUUACCAUUGCUGCCAUUGGAUCUCUCCAGUUUGGGUACAACACUGGUGUCAUCAAUGCUCCUGAGAAGAUCAUCCGGGGCUUCUUCAACGGAACCCUGUCAGAACGGAGUGGGAAGCCUCCUUCCCCAGAGCUCCUCACCUCUCUCUGGUCUCUUUCUGUGGCCAUCUUCUCAGUAGGAGGCAUGAUCGGCUCCUUCUCAGUCAGCCUGUUUGUCAACAGAUUUGGCAGGAGGAACUCUAUGUUAUUGGUGAACAUCUUGGCCUUUGUUGGUGGUACUUCUAUGGCCUUCUCCAAGAUGGCAAAGGCAGUGGAGAUGCUGAUUAUUGGCCGCUUUGUUAUUGGUAUCUUCUGUGGUCUCUGCACUGGCUUUGUGCCCAUGUACAUCAGUGAGGUCUCGCCCACCAGCCUCCGUGGAGCCUUUGGCACCCUCAACCAGCUGGGCAUUGUGGUGGGCAUCCUGGUGGCCCAGAUCUUUGGGCUGGAGGAAAUCAUGGGGACAGAACUACUUUGGCCACUGCUUUUGGGGUUCACGGUCCUCCCAGCGCUUCUGCAGUGUGUGGCUCUUCUUUUCUGCCCUGAGAGUCCCCGCUUCCUAUUGAUCAACAAGAUGGAGGAGGAGAAAGCUCAAGCAGUUCUUCAGAAGCUCCGUGGUACACAAGAUGUGUCUCAAGACAUCCAGGAGAUGAAAGAAGAGAGUGCCAAAAUGUCCCAGGAAAAGAAAGCAACUGUGCCAGAGCUCUUCCGUUCUCCAAGCUAUCGUCAAGCCAUUAUCAUCGCCAUCAUGCUGCAGCUCUCCCAACAGCUCUCAGGCAUCAAUGCUGUAUUCUAUUAUUCUACAGGGAUUUUUGAAAGAGCUGGUAUCACACAGCCUGUGUAUGCCACUAUUGGAGCUGGUGUCGUAAACACAGUCUUCACUGUUGUGUCGCUGUUCCUGGUGGAGCGUGCGGGGCGCAGGACUCUUCAUUUAAUUGGCUUGGGUGGCAUGGCUGUGUGUGCUGCUGUUAUGACCAUCGCUUUAGCUCUGAAGGACGCUGUGGGAUGGAUCAGAUACAUCAGCAUUAUUGCCACUUUUGGCUUUGUGGCUCUUUUUGAGAUUGGCCCUGGCCCUAUCCCAUGGUUCAUUGUGGCAGAACUCUUCAGCCAGGGCCCACGGCCUGCAGCCAUGGCAGUGGCCGGUUGUUCCAACUGGACUUCCAAUUUCUUGGUGGGAAUGCUUUUUCCCUAUGCAGAGAAACUGUGUGGCCCCUAUGUCUUCCUCAUCUUCCUUGUUUUCCUGGUCAUCUUCUUUAUCUUCACAUUCUUCAAAGUGCCGGAGACCAAGGGCAGGACUUUUGAAGAUAUCUCCAGGGGCUUUGAAGGACGAGCAGAAGCCAGCCCCUCUUCACCUGUAGAGAAGAACCCCAUGGUGGAGCUGAACAGCAUGCAACCUAACAAACAAGUUGCCUGAGAUUCAUGACGCACCCCUUCUUUGACUCUUACAUGCUUUAAAGAGUCACAAAAGGAAUUGGCAAAGAGAACCAUGAGAACUGGGACAUUAACAACCUCCCCCCCCCUUCAGUUGCUGCUAUUUUCUUCUUUGUGCCCAUAUACCCACCUAUUCUGCCAGGCUUACAAGCAUUAAGCAAAGCUGAUGUUGGUGGUCCCAUUUUCAAGUACUGGAAGGCACCUGGCACUUGGAAAAAUAAUUUCAUCUUCCCUGUCACAAACACUGGGGGAGCAGAGAAGAGCUGGCGAUAUUUUUUUUUGCUUUUCUCACCUUUAAUUGCUAUUUGGGGUUAAUACUUACGCACGCAGUGACCAUUAUAUAUUUGAAUCUAAUUCCUAUUUUUUUAGUGAGUUGAAGUGAGCCACUAAGCAGGUCCCUGGCCCUUUGAGUCUACUGUGUGUGUGUGUGUGUGUGUGUGUGUGCGCGCGCAGUGUUACACUGGAAUUUAACAAGCCUACCAAAAAGCCAUCUACUUGCUUUUUCCUAUCCAGUGUGCACUUUUUUUCAGCCUCAGGAAAAAGGGGACCAAGUUACAUGCAUAUUUUUCCUGCUCUUUUAUUUUUUCUUUUCUGUAUAGACAGACUGAAAGCAUACUUAAGUUUAUUUAUUUGUAUGUCACUUUGUAAAUAUUUUAUUUUUUUAAAUGGUGUACAAAAGUGUACAGAUACUGAAAUUGAAGAUGUUUAAGAGAAAUAGCUAAUCUAACAAGAUGCUGUAGACUUGAGGUGCAGUAAGACUGAAUGAGAAAUGUGGUACUAAACAGGAAAUUGGGCAUUUUGGAUGGUAUGGACAACAGCCAGUUCUGCACAUAACACUGACAUGGUAUUUGUGCCCUCUGGAAGGAAAUGCAAGAGAUUGCGUACUAGCAGGAAGAGGUAUGUUUGUCUACUGAAAUCUGUUCAUUGGGAUUUUUUUGGGUGGCAAUUUUAAAUACCGUUUCCAAGUCUUGGUUGGAAAGUGAUAUCGCAGCAAAUUAAUUUUAUUAGUUUAGUUUAUAUUUUAAGUCAUGGUUAAGCAUAGUUUAUAUUUUAAGUCAUGGUUAAGCAUUUUAUGGGGUGAUUGAGAGUGCUGAUUGCAAACCUGACAGUAACUUUUCCUCAGUUCUUAAUUUUUAUUUUCUUUUUGCUUCUCUGCUGUAUUCUAGCAGGUCAGAAGGUCUGAAAAUUGCAAAUUGUUACUUAAAGGGGUCUGAGGAUAAAACUUACUUUUCAAAGUUGUGUUUUCUUACCAGUUGUUGAUCUAAGUAUUAAACAGAGGCAUGGGUAGCAUCGACCCUUCUGGACAUAGGCAUGGUCAGUUAUAGCAUGUGUAAGCUCAUAAAGGUAGAGAUGCAGAACUGGAGACCAAAGCUAUUGGAACUUACUAGCUCAUCAGUGUGGAAGGUCUGUAGUGUUAAGUCCACUGGUUGAUUGCAGGCUAAGCGAUUUUGCCCCAUAUGGCCUCUCUGGAAGACCUGCAUGAUGUUGUGAUCCACCCACCAGUGUACAGUGUGCUGCGUAGAUGUGUACUGCUCUGUAAAAGUGCCUCUGUUUUAAAGAGGGAUAUGGCAGAUGGUAACUGUACGUUGGUAAAUAUUGGUGUCUCUGCUUGUUCUACUGCUAGGCAAUUGAGUAUGUAUUCACCUACCCUUGCUGCCAGGCUAGCACAGUUCAGUUAAGGAAAGCAGAAAGUGGCACCUAUGGUAUACUUGCAGUCAAGGGGUGGGAGCUUUCCCUUUGUUACUGCAGUGUUCUGUCAAGAGAGACUCCAGGUCCAUGUCUGUCCAGACCUGCACAAGCUGGCUAAAGGUAGCACAGAGGUGGGCCAAUUUAAACUCUGGCUCCAGGAUCAUCUGCUUUUUCAGACCUGAUGAAACUCAAGUCUACCUGCAACCUCAUGGUGGAGUUCAUUGGAUAUCGUAGGAGAGGCAGGCCCAUGGAUUCUGAGGUGGGUGAAAGGAAGAAAGGCUCAGAAGGGCAGGAACAAUAGCAAAAUUGUAGUAGUGUGGCUAAACCAAGCUUUCUUGAAAACAUACUGCUUCAGAGUAGGUCAGAGAGAUAAAUACAUUGAUGUGUAUUUUGGGGGUGUGUAUCUGGCAUUUUUUCAGUAAGUAGUGAUGAUGCUUCUACCCUCCUUAAUGAGAAAGGGUUGCAAAGAUCAGUAUAUUUUCUGCUGUAAAAUAUUUCCUGUGAUUUCACUUGAAAUACUCCAGCUUUGCACAGUGCAGCCCUAUUACAUCCUCUUUCUCCUAGCUUUCUAUUAGGCUUCUGUGCCAGAUACUCAAUCUUGGAAGUAUUACAUAUGACUUCUUUCCCAACUUUCAUAGUUCUCCAUACAGACUUAUGUGCCCUUCCUGUGACCUGCCAACACUUCCAGACAUAAGAUUUCUAUAUGGGCAUCUAUAUGUUAGGAAACUCCCCCUACAGCUGUGCAUAAGAGCAUUCCAUACUUUGCAUCAGAGAUGUAUGUUGGCUUGGACUGAAAAGCUUAGGUCUUUCUCACAUGAUAUCUCUUUGUUAUUUUCUUUUUCUGUAACAGCAUUGUGAAUAUUUCUGAUGGGUUUUAUAUGCUUAUGAAUGUGGUUGUUUCCUGUUUUUAAAAUAAAAACUAUAGAAUUA